AUGCUUCAGCGUCCCAUCCCUAGAAAUCAACUGACAAUCCAACAGAUCGAGAGCCUUGCAACCUCCAUCUGCCGUGGUCAAAUUUCCCGACACGGUCUUUCUCAAGAUUUCCUCCGCCUCCCAGCAAACCACGAGCCUGCCGGCGACAUAGUCGUACGAUGGAACGUGCGUUUCAGCACCGAAGGUCUCUGGAUUGGCGAUAUCGCUCCUGAUAUGAUUAUUCUGCGAACUGUUUCUCGAAUUUCUGCUUCCGACGUUCCGCAUCUGUAUGAUGUUGCGCUCGCACUUUACAACAGUAUGUACACUACACCCUCGGCGCUGCGAUACAUUUUUGCAAUCUCGGUACUGAGUGAGGAGAAUUAUGAUUUCUUUACUGGGUUAAUGUCUCCUCAACCUAUCGGUAAUGCCAGUGGGUAUCGAGUUCUUGAACGUCACUCCGAGGAGUAUUAUGAGGUUAUGGGAACUCGGAUUGGUCGCUCUGUGGCUUGUCUUGUCCUGGCAGGUUUUCGACGUGGUACUCGACAUAUUGCUCGUGUUGUUGUCUAUCAAUUUGAUGAUGUUAUUAACCUUCGUUUUGAUCUCGAGUGA